AUGGCUGUACUGUAUUUCACGCGCAAAAGAUAUUUGAAAGAGAGAAAAUUAGAGGGCAAAGGCACAAAACACGGCAGGCGGCAAACAUAAGAAAACAUACACACGUCAGGAUGGUAGAUGGUAGUGCGAAGAGCUAAAAGCUUCAAGAAAAAAGUGAGAAUGCAAGAAAGCAAGCAAAGAGGCGCCUAAGAUUUCCAAAAACCAUCACAGCAUUAUUAAAGACAGACCACCACAAAGCAAAGCCAGGCAUAGAAUACACCCAAGCAAACCCCUUCAAGAGGCGCAUGCACAGUCAUCAGGAUCAAAAAGCUGUCCAAGGCAAGAAGAAAAGAAAAGCACUCGCCAUUGCACCAGACCACUCAGAGAAGUGCCACCCCAAACCAGUAGAGCUGGGACACGCCAAAACCAACAAGAGCAUGACCCAGCAUCAUCAAUCAUAGCCACAUCAUAUAUAAACCAAGCACAGAGCACCCAAGAACACAACAUCAAGAGCAGACAGGCAUCAAGAGCAGGCAGAAACAGCGUCGAAGAUGUACCCUUACCGCAUGAGCAACGUGAUGAUUGGCUACCUCAACCUGGCCACUCUCCUUGCCUCGAUUCCGAUCAUCGGGGCGGGGCUCUGGCUGGCGAAGGGCUCCACGACCACAUGCUCGUCGAUUCUGCAGACACCACUCCUCGUCAUCGGCUUCAUCGUGCUCCUCAUCUCUCUUGCUGGCUUCGUGGGCGCCUGCUUCCAUGUCGCCUGGGCGCUGUGGCUGUACCUCGUCGCCAUCAUACUCCUCAUCGCUUUCCUUCUUGGGCUCACCGCAUUCGGGUUCGCAGUCACGGCAGGAGGUGGAGGCACACAGGUGUAUGGUAGGCCUUACAGGGAGUACCACAUCACUGAUUACUCCUCAUGGCUUCAGAAGCACAUGCAGGACAUCAAGUACUGGCGCCCAGCCCUCGCCUGUGUGGUUGGGUCCAAGGCCUGUCCCAAGAUUGAAAAUUGGACUCCCAUGGAUUACCUCCAGCAUGAUCUCACGCCAAUACAGUCCGGCUGCUGCAAGCCACCAACAGCGUGCCAAUACAGUGGAGGCAUGCCUGUCGGGGCACAGGAUGAGGACUGCUACCGGUGGAACAAUGCCCCAGACAUCCUCUGCUAUCAGUGCAACUCCUGCAAGGCCGGUGUGAUGGAGCAGAUCCGCCAGGACUGGCACAAGAUAUCCAUCCUCAAUGUCAUUGUGCUCGCCGCUCUCAUCUGCAUCGCCUCCUGUGGCUGCUGCGCCUUCAGAAACGCUCGCCGCUCUCUGUCCGAGUACCCAUACGGGGUAAACCAAAUGUCCAAGAUAAACCCACGCUGGGACUACUACUGGUACUCUAAGCAAAAUAGUUCAGUUGUUUACUCCCGCCUUUCCCAUUUACCACCUCUUUCUUGUAAAACUGAUUUCAUCACUGAAAAUGUAAAACUAUAUAGGCAAAAGGAUAAGGUAAAGAAGCUUAUGGAGCAUAAACAAUCCCAUGACCAAAAGAACACAUCAAUCAUUAUGAAGUUAUUUAUCAAGGAUAAAGGAGACAGUUUUUUAUUGUAUUUCCACACUCAUCACUACUAUAAUUAUUCUUUUGCAGUAUAUAUAUAUAUCCCAGCUUUUAUCCCUAUUUGUUUUCUAUGGUUUUUAACACUGCUUUGUGGUUUUGUUUGCUGUAGGUGGCGAUGGUUCCGUGGUAGAAGAGAACAGCUCUACUAGGCUAGCUCUAGCUUCUCAAUGCUUGUAUGAUAUUUUGCUCCUAUAUUCUAUCGAAAAGAUAAUAAUACUUGAGAGCUGUGUUAGCCCCUGCGGUACUCUAUUUGUUUCAAGUUGUACAGCUUCUUCCAGGUCUGCAUAAUUAAGCUUCUGUAGAUAUUUGAGUUAAGAGGAGACUAAGCCAUGAAGUAAAAGAGAUGCCUAGUUUUUCCAAUAUGGUAGCCAACAUUGUAUCAUGUAGAAUUCUACAUGGCGAAUUCAGGACAGAAGUGACUCCAUGUGUAUGGGGGAAACCAAACCACACAA